CAUCGGUCAUAUCACUAGUUUCGAAAUCGAGUUACUUUAACUUCAGUAUCGUUUUGAAUUUUAUCUAAAGAACACGCGUUGAGGUGUUUUCUGCUUCUAAUAAUCUACAGAUAAGGAAAACGGGACUGAUAAUAACAUGAAAAGUAUAUUCCCUGAAAAAUUAUUACAUUAUGUUGACGGUCAUAAGUCUUCCGAUCCGAAUCCAACUCCAAAUACUAUGGAAAGUAAUGGAAUAGUUCCGGAUAUUAUUGAUGUAGCCCCGGACAAUUUCCUGGAGGUCGUUUAUGACGACGAACUCAAAGUGGAUUCAGGCAAUGUACUUACUCCCAGGCAAGUUAAAAACGCCCCAGUGGUAACCUGGAGAACAAACCCUAAUCAACUCUACACGCUGCUUAUGACUGAUCCAGACGCACCAUCUCGGGAUGCACCAACCAAUAGGGAGGUUCGUCAUUGGCUGAUUGUAAACAUCACGGAAAACAAUGUUCGGAACGGACAAGUUCUAGUGGAAUACAGAGGUUCAGGACCACCAAAGGACACAGGAUUACAUCGAUAUGUAUUCCUACUGUUUCCACAGAAGAAGUAUAUUGAAAGCAUCAUGUUCAUUCCCAGUUAUGACCGAGGUUCACGGAUGAAAACAUCAACAAGAAAACUGAUUAAGGAAUUCGAUUUGAUGAACCCAGUAGCUGGCAACUUCUUCCAGGCACAGUAUGAGGAGUCUGUGGAUCCUCCCCCGGAAUACCCAAAAUAAAUACAGCACAAAACGGGAAGGCGUUUAAGCCAAAAGCCAUCAGUAUGAAGAAUCAGUAUACACUACACCAAUAGUAGGCGUGUAACAAACGCUUGAAACUCUUUACAUUUUUGAUAAUAUAGAAAGAAUAUAUUUCCAACAGCUU